AUGAUUGUCUGUCAAGUGAUAGCGGCCGUGCAGGCUGCCUUUGCUCGUGAGGACAUCGUAUUUUGCGUUGUCGAAGAAGUUGCGUUGAAUUACUACAAUGUGCCUCGAAUACUCAAUACCCUGGGUAUUUGUGUCCCGCAUUCGCAGCUAGAUGCCGCAGCCAGACUGAUCAAUGCUCGCAACGAUGUUUUUGUACGCACAGCGUGGACCGAUGCACACCCCGACUGGAAGAAGCCAUAUCCUCGCUUCGAAGCAUUUAUUGAAGAAGACUACCUAACCCUUGUUAUCUUUUCUGACACCCAUUUCCACCUUCAGCCGCUCAAGCAUUCAAUCGUUGAUCGUUCUGCAUAUAGUACAGCUCGUACUGCCUUCAGCACCGAGUUCAACUUCUCCACUGAUCUAUCCGAACUGUCAAGGAUUCCUGUCCCCCGUCUGUCAUCGCUCUUACAGGGACUGCUGAGGGGGGUUUGUGAGGCUCAAGACACCUACUCUGCCGUCUGCGUGGAGCAACUUGUUGAUGGAAUGGUACUAAGUGAAGCCUGGUGCAACACGCAUCUCAACUGUGGUCGAGAAGAAGAGCUCAAAUAUGUUCUCGGCGUGAUAGGAACCAGGCCACAACGUCAAAAUCCAUUUUUGGAGAGCGAUUAUCACUGCCAAGAUGACCGAGAAUUGAUGAUGAUCCCGGGUACGCAAGAGCCGGUUCACGAUCAGGAAGAAACUAGCGAAAACCGUCAAUCCUGGACUUCGGCUUUUCAACAGGCUUGCUUAUUCGCGCUCGCCCUCUUCCGAAGCACAAUGCCUCGCUUGAAACCCCAUGAAAACUCGGUAUCAUUUCAAUAUAUAUCAGAUCUUCAUCUGGAGAGCCAGCAAACUUACGACUUUGAGAUCCCCCAAGUCUCGCCGUAUUUAGUCCUGGCAGGCGACGUUGGCCGACUCAAGGACUACAGCAAAUACUUGGAGUUUCUAAUCGUACAAUGUCAACGGUUUUGGCGGGUUUUCCUCGUCCUUGGAAAUCACGAAUUCUAUGGCAUCUCCAGACAGGAAGGGCUCGAAGUGGCCAGGUCGUUAGAGCUGAAACGAUGUCUAGGCGGCAAAUUGACCGUUUUGAAGAGAACCCAGUUCCACCUGAAUCGAAGAAUAGCAAUCCUGGGAUGCACGUUACACACCUCUAUACCGAGCGAGUCCGAGUUAUGGCCAUAA